AUGCAACUUGAAUACAAAGUUGAAAGUUUGUCAGGAAAAUCGAAUCCGGAGCGAAGUUUAUUGAUUGAAAAAGAGUGGAUCAGUGAGAAGUGAGUUAGGCUAAAUAAAUUCAUAAAUUUAUCAACCAAAAUUUUUUUCAGGAAUCCAAAAUAUCCCCUAGAACUCAAGCUUGCUCUCUCGAAGUUCAGUGAAAUCGAGAAAAUCGAAAUCGUUGCUCACAACAUCUAUGUUCCUCGAAAAAUCGCGAUUUUCUCAUCGCAAUUCAUUGGAGAAGUGAUUUUCAAAAAACCCACCUCAAGUUUCGAAUUAAAAAACAUAUUUUUGGAUGAGAAAUGCGAUUUCCUGGUGUUCCAUAUUUAUGAGCCGUAUGAAGAUGAAGAUCUAGGAAAUCCUGAUGUUCAAGUUGGAUUGAUUGAUGUGAAAUUGUUUGGGAAAUAUCUUCCGACUGGCGAAAAUCCGGUGGAAGGUGUUAUUAAUGAUAAAAUUCCGGAUCGGAAAUAUUCCAAGGAGUUGGAGGCAAUGAUUGAGGCGAUUGAGAAGAAUAAACAAAUUGCAGUUGCGGUAAGUCAGAAAAAUCUUGGAUUAAAAUUUUUCUAGAUCUUCUGAAUUAAUUUUUGAUCUUCGGAAAACUAUUAUAGAUCUUCUGGACUUCUACAACGAAAAAAAAAACGUUCCAGAGCUUCUAGAAUUUUCCCUGAACUUCUAAAAAUGUCCCAGAGCUUUCUAGAACUUUCCUGGACUUUUAUGAAAUUCAGAAGUAGCUCCAAGAGCUUCUAAACGUUUUCCAGAACCUCUAGAAACUCCAGAGAAAUAUUCUAGAUCUUCUGGAAUUUUUCCUGAAUUUCAGAAUAUUAGUCAAAGGUUUCUAGAAUUUUUCCGAACUUCUAAAAACAUCAGAAAACUUUCUAGAACUUUCCUGGACUUUUAUGAAACUCAGAAAAAUAUUUCUGAAUUUAUAGCAUUUUCCUGAACUUCUACAAACUUUCCAGAACUUCUAGAUGUUUUCCCAGACUUCUACAAACUUCAGAAUUUCUAGAACUUCUUGAACGCUCCACAAAAACCAAAUUUUUCCAGAACGAAGAUUUCCAACUGGCAAAAUCCGCUCAACUAUCCAUCCGACAACUCAAAAAAUCCACAAAAGAGAUGGAAGAACUAGAAAACGAUAAAUCCGACGCUGUUCAAGACGGUGAUUAUCAAAGAGCAAUAGAUCUGCAGGACGAGAUAACAAUGCUGCGAUCUACCAUAAUCGCAUCCAUCGAGCCUCGACUUCUUGACAACACUAUGAAAACCACCGACGAAAUUCAUCGACCAAAAAAAUCUAUUUGUCGAUGUUGAUGAGAAGCCUCCAGUGAAGCCGAAACUCUACAAACCUGUAGAUCUUUCUCCAACUGAAGUGCCUUCCGAUCCUUCUCAUACAUAUCUGAUGGCACCUAGGGAUACACUUACUGGAUCGACGAGGAAAUCUAGCUCGUCUAGAUCAAAGCGCUCUCGACCAAUAACAUCGGAAACUCGAAGAUCUAGCUCGAGCUCGAAUUCUUCACGGGCUGUCAUAACUCCAUCAACAUCUUCAUCUCGAAGAUCUACUUCAUCUCGAAGAUCUUCAGGUGUUCCCAACAAAUUCCUGGAGAAGGAAAAUAUGAUUGUUCCAGCAGCACUUCGCAGAACAUCUACUCAAGAUCCAGCUGCUCCUGAUCCCGAGCAAUUCAGAUCCUCCUCAGAUGUCCAAGAUCUCAGCGAACAUCAAGUUCUCGAGAUGAUUCCACCGGAUGGUCGAGCAAAUGUCCGAACUUCAAUCUCGAUCUUCGGACUUCCAACAAUCGCAAAAAUCUAUUCCAAACAUUUCGAGAAUCGUAAAGAGUCUAUCAAUGAGAUUCGCGAGCGGGUAGAUCAAAUGUCCCAAGAUUAUCUACACUCAAACUUCGAGAGCAUAAAUUACCUCAUUGCUCAUUUGCUCAAAGAUCCACUCUACGUAGUUUACCGUGAUGUUUUAUUGCUCUGGCAUCAUUUUUGCACAUCAAUAAUUCCUGAUUUACACCUGGAGAAACUGAUGCCACGUGUCGCCGCCGAAUCAAUCGAUAUUUUUGCGUUGCGAGUUAUCGCAAGUGACAAACGUCUGGUGAAUGAUACCAUGAAAACAUUUCGCGAUGCGUCGAAACUCAAAUUUGUUGCCAAAUCGUACGUCUCGAAGUUGUUGGCGGCUGCGAAUUCGAAAAAUUUGAAAGGUCGUGCGAUUUUGGUGGAUGUUUUGGUGAUAUUGCACGGUGUUCCGAAUGAUGAGAUGUGCGUUUUUUUUUGACAUUGGGCUUAGGCUUAAGCCUAACAGUUAGCCUAAGCCUAAAGCACAACCUUAGGCUUAGGGGAAAACUUGGGCUUAGGCUUGAGCCAAACUAUUACCCUAAGCCUAAGACACAACCUUAGGCUUAGGCUAAUUGUUAGGCUUAGGGGAAACCUGGGCUUAGGCUUAAGCUUAACUUUGACCCUAAACCUACCUUAGGCUUAGGCUAAAUGUUAGACUUAAGGUAGACCAUUUGGAAAAUUUGAAUCUCCGGGAAUCCGAAUCUCAAACUUCCACAGAAAUUCCGAAUAAAACUCCAAAUAUUCCAGAAGUCUAACAUCCAUCGCAACUUCAUCAUUCGCCACAAAAUGCAUUCAAAUCUCGGAUCCUCAAGUUCGAAGUAUCGGCAAAGAUCUGAUGUUGAAGUUGUACAAAAAUGGCGAAGAAUCAGCUGUUCGUCAGCAACUUCACAAAUUCGCCGUCAGCGAUCCGAACAAUCCGACUUACCAGAAAAUCGUGCGUCAAAUCGGGCUGCCGAAAAAAUCGCAUUCGGAGGGACAGAAAAAAAUCAGUUUCAUGUUGUAA